GACUAUAUAACCACGCCCUUAUGGAACGCCCUCACUUUGACAUUCGACCACGCUUCUUCCAAACAUCGAGUGCUCUGCUGUAGUUGCAGGUCUUUUACUGAUAACAUGGACGAGCCGGUGACGGACAUCACGUUCGUGUCCUCGAAAGAGAAUUGCCCAGAAGGAUACAAGAUUAUAGAGAGUUGUCCGUGUGGCCACGAAGCCCAGCUGUGGGAGAAAGUAUUGGGAGGCAACACUGGAGAGAGAUACCUCUGCUUUACCAAAGAAGAGAAGGAUGACAUGGUAAUAGAGGACAUGUACAUCCCCAGCAGGUCAGCCCAGUACCUCUACAAGGGAUAUAAGAUAGUCAAGGAAACUGUGGAAGGUGAUGAGCCUAUGUACCACAAACAGCUGGCAGUCAAGAAAGUCCCGCGGACCCAUGCCAGCAAGAUCGUAGCUGACAUUAUCAUCUGUCGCAGUCGAGACAAUGUCUCCAAGAUGUACAAGAAGUUAGAUAAGGUGAACGGACUGUGCAUCUGCUUCAGACAGGAUGACAUUGGUGGUCGGAACACACCUUCCCCAAAACACACCCGUAGAGCCACCCUUGCACCUUCCACCUCCUCCGCUCCCGCCUUACGCCAACAGCGAUCUGGCUCCCUCAAAAUUGGUGACGCCAGCAAGCACAUGGCGGGGGUGACUCUCAACGACCAGGGUCCCCCCUCGUUUCGGAGAGGCUCCGGUAUCCCUCUCCGGCGGAGUGUGUCUCCCCUGGCCAGCCACUCCCAAGCCUCUCCCUCCCACUCUCCCCUACCCUCUUCCUCCCCUCCGCAUGGAGAGGUUGCAACCAUUCCCUCCACCCCUCCUCUCACCUCCUCCCCUCCACCUCCUCAUGGCAACCUGCCAUCAGCUCCUCCACCAACCAACACACACUACCCUCCUCCCAUCUCCACUGCCCCUUCAUCAAACACAGCUCAUUAUUCCAACUACCCACCCGGUGCCACCGCAAACCCUUACUCAACACAGUACGCACCCCAACCCUACCCUCCCCCUCCCUCCUCUGCCACCUACCCUCCUCCUGCUCCCAGUGGAGUGCCCUACCAGGCCACCUACCCUCCUCCUCCCUCAUCUGGUUAUGGACCUCCCAUUGGAGGUGGUCUGGGGUUCGGUGGACUGGGAGGAGCUCCAUCUGGAGGCUACUCCUCUUACCCUCCACCUCCUGGCGGAUCAUAUGGUGGAUACGGAGCAAUAGCUGGCUCUUCUUUUGCUGCUGCACCGACUGCCCCAGGUGGCCAGACUGGGGGACCAGCACCAUACAAUCCUUACCAAUCACAGCAGGGGCAUGCUCCAUAUCCCCCUCCUGGGAGCCAACAACCACCACCAGCUGCCCCAGGUCCCAGCUACGGCUUCAAUUUUUAAAACUACACCAUAGAGAUUAUACACAACAAUGUGCUGUGCAUGCUAUAAAAUCUGAUGUUUAUUGCGCAUGCGUGAAUUAAACGACCCGCGCAUGCACCACGCCCCAUUUUCGAUCCGCGAUUCUAGCUGGACAAAGUGUAGACAGCAGGGAUGCUUAGUCAAUAACGUUGAGGCACAGCAGUGGUAGUAUAUAGUAGUGGAGGUAUGGCGGCCCAGGACUCGUCCCCACUGCCGACCAGUAUAGUCCGGGGACUCACUGACAAACUGGUGGAGCGGAGAAAGGGAGCUGCACUGGAGUUGGAGAGGAUGGUGAAGGACCUGGUGAUGAUCAAUGACUACAGCCAGAUCAAGCAGGUGGUGUCAGUCCUGGUACAUGACUUUACCCUCUCGUCCUCGGCCAACACUCGCAAGGGAGGGCUGGUGGGGCUGGCUGCUACCGCCAUUGCUCUGGGUCGACCCAGUAUAGGGAUGCACCUGCCAGAGCUGGUCCAGCCAGUUCUGACCUGUUUCGAUGACCCUGACGCCCGUGUACGCUACUACGCCUGCGAGAGUCUGUACAACAUCUCCAAGGUGGCCCGCGGAGCCGUUCUGGUCUUCUUCAACAGUGCCUUUGAUGGGCUCUGCAAGUUGUCCAGUGAUUCCGACUCCAAUGUCCGCUAUGGUGCAGAGUUACUGGACAGACUCAUGAAGGAUAUUGUGUCUGAGAACCCUCAUUUCGACAUUGAUAACUUCAUCAUUCUCCUGAGGGACAGGAUCUACACUCAGGACGCCUUUGCUCGCCAGUUCCUUGUCACAUGGAUCUCAUUCCUGGACUCAGUCCCCGACAUACACAUCCAUGAACAUGUCCCAGAGUUCAUCGAUGGUCUGUUCUGUAUCCUGGGAGACCAGAGGAAAGAGAUACGCAGAAUGACAGAGGAUGCACUGGGAGAGCUGUUGAGAGAGAUAGAGAGACACAGUUCCUCGGUCCGCUUCGAGGCCAUGGCCAACAUUCUCGCUGUUCACUGCCAGUCUGAAGACAAGUGUAUUCAGUUUACGGCGCUGACGUGGAUGAAGACAUUCCUGAGCCUGGCCCAGCGCUCCAUGAUGGUCUUCACUUCCAACAUCCUCGUCUCCAUCCUCCCCUGCGUUGCCUACGACAACGACAAGACCCACAUCAGAGAUGUGGCAGUAUCAGUCAAUGAUCGACUCAAGAAACUAAUUACUCCUGAAGAUGAUGAGGACUUCCUCACUGACCAGACAGCCACACCCCCCACCACUAGCUCUGACACUCUCGUCGUACCGUCACAACGACAUGGCGUUCCUCCGACCACCACCAUCACACCCUCCCCAAACUCACAGCAGUCACAGGUCACAAUGGGUCACACAGGCUCCGCCCCCCUCACUACCUCCACACCUGCACCACUCUCAUCCUCACCCACCUCCACAACGACCACGUCAGACACACAGGACACCCCGCCCACCAGCAAACAACAGGACAGUCCCAAACUGGGUCGGCCGAUCGGGAAACAGGCCAGCCAGUCUCCUAAUCUGUCGCGGAAGUCGGACACAGACCAGGAGGGUGUGGGAGGGGGAGGAGAGGGGAAGGGGGAGGAGGGCGUGGCACCACAGCUGCCUGAGCCUCGGCUACACCUGCUGGCAGUGCUGGGGGUCCUCAUCCCCCACAUGAAGUUCACCCUUCCCGAGACCAGGAUGGAGACUCUGAGAUGGCUCAUGUGGCUUCACCAGCAGCUCCCCAAGAGGGUGUAUCUUCAAGCAGGGAAUCUGUUUCCAGCCUUACUGGAGAUGCUGACUGACCUCAAUGACCGAGUGGUGUGCAUGGCUCUUCACGCCAUUGCCAUCCUGUCCACCUCCCGAGCCUGUCUGGACCUUCCUCCCAGUCUCACCACACCCACCAUCCACGAGACCACACCCACCAAGACCAAGUCGUCUUCUCACUCAAAGUCUCCAGCCACACAUUCCAUACCUGCUGCAACGGGGUCUGACGGAGGUCAAAAGGUCAUGAGACUCACUCCCUGUCCCAGCAACAACUAUUUUCGUCUGUUCAUUGUGGAGCUCUUGAAGAUGUUUGACAGAGACAACAGAAUUCUACUGGACAGGAAGGGAAACUUUAUCGUGAGACAGCUGUGUGUAUAUGUGGAUGCCCAUGCAGUCUACUGCACUCUGGCAGAGAUCCUGAACUCGGAGGAGAACCUGGCCUUUGCCUCUCUCAUGGUCCAGGUCCUCAACCAAAUCCUCUUCACCUCCACUGAGCUCUAUGGACUACGACUUCAGCUACAGCUCCUGGAGACACCGGAGAGCUGGAGUCUGUUCACGACACUCUACCGCAGCUGGUGCCACAACCCCGUGGCCACCAUAGCCCUCUGCCUCCUCUCACAGAACUACAAACACUCCUCGGACCUCGUCCAGAAGUUUGUCAACAUCGAGAUCACCGCCGGGACACUCAAGGAGAUCGACAAGCUGGUCCAACUGCUAGAGUCUCCCAUCUUUGCCUUCCUGCGGCUACAGCUGCUGGACCCCAGUCAGCACGCCGCGCUGGUGAGGACACUGUAUGGACUGUUGAUGUUACUGCCACAGAGCACGGCGUUCAGCACCCUCAAGGAGAGACUGGGCUGUGUUCCUCCGGCUGUCUCGGAGCACUCCAGCAAAUCCAGCGACAAACACAAGAGAAAGACGCCAAGCAACGUGAGCUUCAGUGACCUUCUGCAGCACUUUGUCUCAGUGCAACAGAGGCACUCUCAGACCAGGAGGAAAAAUGCCUCUCAUCUUUACAAGGGAAACACCACCGGAAUGAUCAGAUGACAUCCGCAGUUUAUGAAAAAGAAUAUUUUUAGGGAAGCGUCAUAAUAAUUUCAUUCUCUGGUAAUAUAACAUGUGUGCACUUGUUUUUACACCUAAAGUUUUGAUUUGUGAUGAGAAUAACUUAAUCCACUUGAGAGAGUUGUGUAAGCUUCGCUGUAGAGCUGGCGUUUGAGGGUCGCGAGUGUGUCUCUGUGUAGCCUCAGGUGCGGCUUAUCGCCAGCCAGCCUGGCUCCCACUGAGAGGGCUCUGUCUGUCACCUCAACUGCCGGACACACCUCGUGCACUAUCCCGGCUCGCUGUGCCUCAUCUCCGGUGAAUCUCUGGGCCAGUAUCGCCUGGCUUAGAGCCCCCACUGGCACCUUGGCCCUUAGGAGGGCAGUGAAGCCAGUGGACAGAGGAAUCUGCAGGCCCACUAUUGCUGCCGGGAGACACCACCAUCCUCGACCACUGCUCAUUAUCCUGUAGUCAUGAGCCAACGCCAGGAAUGCCCCUCCACCAAAUGC